CGAGAAGAAAAAAGUAUAAAGCUUUUUAUUUUUAUUUUUUAUUUUUUUUUUUCUUUUCUUUUCUUUACUCUAAUUUUUUAUUGUCAUAUAUAUUAUCAUCGUCAUCAUCAUUUUAUAAUAUUAUGUCUAUACUCAAUACAUCCUCUACUGAACCUGUUCGUCAAGCUACUGGUGCUUGUCAAAUUUGUGGAUCUCAAGUACAUCAAACCAAGUAUUGUCCCGUUUCUCCUAGACGAUAAAUGGUGUCAAACAACUUUUUAUGAUAUCCUGAUUACAAAUACCCCCUUCUCUUUCCUUUCAUCUAUGUAGAUACUAUGAUCAACUUUUUUUUUUUGCCUACAUUUUGAUUCUCUCACUUUUUUUUUUUAUCAUACUUCCAUUAUUAUGCAUUUUUUUUCCCUUUCAUUUUCAUUGACUUAGAUUUUUUUUUUUUUAUAUACAUUCAUACACUCCUCCCUCGAUCUUUUUUUAUUAUUGUUUUUUUUUUUAAAAAAAAAUACAUAGACUGUUUUGAUAUAUACAUUAGAUAUGAUUUAUAUGAAUAAUAUUCAAUGAUGAUUAAACCUCGAUGAUCCAU